AUGGAUCGACAAGCAAGAAUCAAUGAAGCCAAGCAGGGAAUCGAGGCCAUGUUCGAAGGCUUAGAUGACGGCGAUGCGGCCGACAUAGUUGAGAUCUGCCAGAAUGCAAUCGAAACUAUCGAGAUGAGAUAUGCAAAGAAACUCAGAGUCUUUAAAGAAUUCUACAAGCCCCUGUCUGACAGCGAGACCGACGAAAACAACUCUGUUGAUGCCACGCAGAAGAUCACCAACAAAUCAGAAAAGAAAAAACACAAAGAUUGA